GCCAUCUUGACCGUCUAGGUUUGCCCAGAAGGACACCGCUAACUGUCUAGUUUGAGCAUGGCGGUGUUAGAAAAUGGAAAUUGUAACCGGUCUGACAGCGACAGUUAGCAAGUUAUUGCAGUUCUCCGGCUUGUCCGUGAAGAAGAAUGUGUCUGGGACCAAAAAUAUGGAAGAAAAGGCGUUAGAGGUUUAUGAUGUUAUCCGUACCAUUCGGGAUCCAGAGAAACCCAACACACUAGAAGAACUAGAGGUCGUGUCUGAGAAAUGCGUUGAAGUUCAGGAACUUGGGGAUGAUGAAUACCUCAUUAUUAUCAAGUUCUCCCCUACAGUACCCCACUGCUCUCUGGCAACGUUGAUAGGCCUCUGUUUACAAGUCAAACUACAGCGAUGCCUACCCUUUAAACACAAGUUGGAAAUUUACAUUUCUGAAGGAACACACUCAACUGAGGAGGACAUUAACAAACAAAUCAAUGACAAAGAGAGGGUGGCUGCUGCAAUGGAAAAUCCUAAUCUGCAGGAAAUUGUGGAACAGUGUGUUAUUGAGCCUGAUGACUAGUGCUGCCGUCCAUGUUACGUCUUUAAGCACUGGAAUCACAUAUCAACUGUGAGGCGUCUGUGCUCUGUCUGUUCCCAAGAGGCAUGUUCUGUUUCUCUGAUGCUGCCUCUUUUCUUCAAAUUAUAUCAAAAUGAAUGAGCUUAAAUCUAAAUAAAUACUGGUUGUGGCGUGCAAUGAUAUUGAAGCAUUGCUCCUCUAGCUACAUAAUACAUUUUCAAAUCUAGUCUGCGGAGUGCAGAAGAAAAUUCCUAAAAAGUGAAAUUCCAUGGUGUAGUGAGGUGGAAUAAUUCUGUAGUUUUGACAUGCAGAUUUCACCCAGACUUAUUGUAACAGUAUAUUACAUUAAAACGUUUAAAUCAAGCUUUGUCAUAGGUUUUCCUGUGAUUUAACUGCUGCUGCAGUAAGCUACAUAUAUAGUAUAUUCCUGAAAUGUAAUUUAUAUUUUAUUGGUUUUUAUUGUGUAAAUUCUAUUUUAAUAAAGAUUACCGUCCACCUUUA